AUGUCAGCCACCGUUGAGCAAGACGCGGCAGAUCUGGAGGCUAGAUUAGCAGAAACCCGGGACUCGCAAAAUGCUGUUUCUUUGAGAGACAAUUUGAAGUCGCUGGCAGCGGGAGGCGUUGGUGGAGUUUGUGCUGUCCUCACAGGACACCCGUUCGACCUGCUGAAAGUCCGGUGCCAGUCAAACCAGGCUUCUGGGUCCAUGGACGCAGUCAGACGAGUGCUACAGGAGGCCAGAGCACAGCCGGGCCCAUUGCCCUUGAACCAGGUGCGCAGCUUCUAUCGAGGCGUUAUCCCCCCUCUGCUGGGAGUAACUCCGAUAUUCGCAGUGUCGUUCUGGGGCUAUGACAUGGGAAAACGGCUCGUAUCCUGGGGCACAAGUCCAGACACCGAUAUAGCAGGCUCUAGCUCCAAAACCACGCCGCUCAGCACCAGCCAGCUGGCGCUGGCAGGGUUCAUUUCGGCAAUCCCAACUACGCUGAUCACUGCACCAACCGAAAGAGUCAAAGUCGUGAUGCAAACCACGGAGCGAGCGUCGUUUGUGAGCGCUGCUGGCAGGCUGGUACGCGAAGGCGGCGUGCAAUCGCUAUUUCGCGGGUCUCUGGCGACUCUGGCUCGCGACGGACCGGGAAGUGCAUUAUAUUUUGCAUCCUACGAGGUAUCCAAACGCUUCCUCUCGGGAAACGAGCCAGCCAGCACUCUCAGCAUCUCCAGCAUUUGUUUGGCCGGCGGAAUUGCAGGAAUGAGCAUGUGGAUCGGUGUUUUCCCCAUCGACACCAUCAAAACAAAGCUACAGUCAAGUGCAUCAGCAAGUACGAUGUCAGAAGCGACUCGCGAAAUUUAUCAGCGCGCAGGCGUCAAGGGUUUUUUCCCGGGACUCGGGCCAGCUUUGAUGAGAAGCUUCCCAGCCAACGCUGCCACAUUUUUGGGUGUCGAGCUCACCCACCAUGUGUUCAAGCAAUACCAUAUGUAA